AUGCAGUCGCCCUUCUGGAAAGUCCAGUAUCCCGCCCGCUGUGACGGAUUGUAUGACAAGUGUUCGUACACAACUCUUGACCGAGGAUGGGUCCUGGGGAUCAACAACGUGAGCGACCAGGGCAACCGAGACCCUCGCUAUUUCUUCUCUUUGAAGACCGAUCGGGCCCGGAAGGUCACAACGAUCACGGAUCAUCGUAGCUACCUCCCGAAUCAGUGGGUUCACCUUGCCAUCAGUUACGACGGGCACUGGAUGAAGCUCUACGUCAACGGCGCCCAGGUGGCCACCAGCGGGGAACAAGUGGGGAGUAUCUUUAGCCCUUUGACCUUAAAGUGUAAAGUGCUGAUGCUAGGAGGAAAUGCUCUCAACCAGAAUUACAGAGGCUACGUAGAACAUUUCAGUCUUUGGAGAACAGCCCGGUCUCAGAAGGAUAUCCUGUCGGACAUGGGCCUGGUGACUCAAGGGGAAGAUGCUCCUCUACCUCAGCUCAUUUUUCAGGAGACUUUACUGAAUGUGAAAAGCAUCUGGUCCCCCAUGAAAGACAACCCGAGUCUUCCUCAAAUUGAAUUCAUUUCUCAUCCUGGCUAUACGCUGGACACCAGCCUCGAUCCUCCUCCAUGUGGGCAAACCGUCUGCGACAACGUGGAGGUCAUCGCCAGCUAUAACCAACUCUCGAGCUUCCGCCAUCCGAAGGCCGUCCGCUACCGGGUGGUGAACAUCUACGACGACCACCACCAGAACCCCACCGUCAGCCUCCAGCAGAUCGAGUACCAGCACCAGCAACUCAACGAUGCUUUCAGACCGUACAACAUCACCUGGGAACUGGAGGUGCUGGACGUCAGGAACUCCUCCCUGCGGCACCGCCUGGUCCUCGCCAACUGCGAAAUCAGCAAGAUUGGAGACGAGAACUGUGACCCGGAGUGCAACCAUACCUUGACGGGGUACGACGGCGGAGAUUGCCGUCACGUGCGCCAUUCCUCGUUCAACAAGAAGAAACAGAACGGUGUGUGCGACAUGGAUUGUAACUACGAGAGGUACAACUUUGAUGGUGGGGAUUGCUGCAACCCGCAGAUAACCGAUGUUACCAAGACGUGCUUCGAUCCAGAUUCUCCCCACAGGGCGUACUUGGACGUCAAAGAGCUGAAGAACAAGCUCAAAUUGGAUGGCUCCACGCAUCUCAACAUCUUCUUUGCUAACUCCUCGGAAGAAGAACUGGCCGGAAUGGCCACUUUCCCCUGGGAUAAAGAAGCUUUGGUCCACUUGGGGGGAAUUGUGUUGAAUCCCUCCUUCUACGGCAUCGCCGGCCACACCCACACCAUGAUCCACGAAAUCGGCCACAGCCUGGGACUCUACCACGUCUUCAAAGGAAUUUCGGAGAUCUUCUCCUGCAGCGACCCGUGCAUGGAGACCGAGCCUUCCUUUGAGACGGGCGACCUCUGUCAUGACACCAACCCGACACCGACACACAAAGUCUGCAGCGAUCCAGCCCCGGGCAAUGACAUGUGUGGCUUCCGAAGCUUCCAGAACACUCCGUUCAACAACUUUAUGAGCUAUGCAGAUGACGACUGCACCAACUCCUUCACACCGAACCAGGUAGCCAGGAUGCAUUGCUACCUAGACCUGGUGUACCAGAGCUGGCAGCCUGCCAAGAAGCCAGCCCCCAUCGCGAUCACCCCGCAGACGGUGGACUGGACGAGCACCUCGGUCGCCUUGGAGUGGUUCCCCCCUAUUGACAGGCACUUUUUUGAAAGAGAAGUGGGAUCGGCGUGCGAUUUCUGCACGGAAGGCCGGAUCCUGGUCCAGUACGCCUUCAGCGCCUCCUCUCCCAUGCCGUGCGACCCAUCCGGGCACUGGAGUCCCCGGGGAGCAGAAGGUCACCCUGAUGUAGAACAGCCCUGCAAACCGGAUGUUCGGACGUGGAGCCCAAAUUCGGCCGUCAUCAAGCAGACGGUCCCCCCUGCUUGCCCUGAACCCCAGGGUUGCUAUCUGGAGCUGGAGUUUCAGUACCCAGUGAUUCCCGAGUCUCUAACCAUCUGGGUGACGUACGUCUCCUCCGACUGGGAUUCGAAAGAGGCCGUCAAUGACAUCAAGCUCCUAUUGGUCAGCGGCCGGAACGUCUCUCUCGGGCCUCAGAACUUCUUCUGUGACGUCCCCAUGACCAUCAGGCUGGACCGCAAGAAAGUGAACGAGGAGGUCUACGGCGUCCAGAUCUACACUUUGGACGAGCUGCUGGAGAUCGACGCGGCCAUGAUGAGCUCUGUCCCUCAGAGCCGGCAGUGCGCCGACUGCCAGGCCAUCCGGUACAAGGUCACCCGGGACCCUCCUUUCCAGAAGGGUUCCUCGGUCAUCAUCUCGGACCUCAGCCGGAAAUUUGUAGACACUGAAGUAAGACUUGGCAGCUUGUACACCUACUGGGUUUCUGUCCUGUCCGGGGCGGAAGAGAGCGAAUCUUCCCCUCCACUUGCCUACAUCCACGGGAGCGGCUACUGUGGCGACGGGAUUAUCCAGAAAGACCUCGGGGAGGAGUGCGAUGACAUGAACAAGGUCAACGGAGACGGGUGUUCUCUCUUCUGCCGGCAGGAGUUGUCUUUCAAAUGCAUAGACGAACCGAGCAGAUGCUACUUCCAUGACGGCGACGGGGUGUGCGAAGAUUUUGAGCAGAAAACCAGCAUCUUGGACUGUGGGGUCUACACGCCCAAAGGCUUCGUGGACCAAUGGGCUUCCAACGUGACCGUCUCGCAUCACGACGAACGAUGCCCAGGAUUGGUCGUGGCGGGUCAGCCUGCGGCGAAUCAG